AUGCUGCAGCGAAUUCUUGGGCCCAGACAUGGGCAGCUGCUGAAGAUCUGGAUUCCAACUAUCAGUACAUGGGGAGCUGUGGCUGGUGUACUGCUGGUCUACGCUACAGAUUGGAAAGUUGCAGUUAGCUGUAUCCCAUGUAUGAAAGGAAAAUUCAAGAGUGAUUGA